GCGCUCAGCUUUUGCGGAGACGCUCAAAUCUCUGAUGCGCGCAGAAAAAUGCUGCAAUUUUCUCUGUGAGUUGGAGUCAGACCCCCCCUUUUCUGAGCGCGCUGUGGUUCAUUCCGGCGAUGCUGUAUCCUCAGUGCGAGGUGCGUCUCUGCUGUCGGGCGCACGCGGGCGGCUCAGCCACUCCGCUGAAGGAGCAGCAAAAAGUGCAUUUCCAUGAAGAGAUCAGGCACAGCAGAGGACCGCGUUUUGCACAACCACUACUGGGCAGAAUGCAGCAUCCGUCUGCAGACUCUGAACGUUCUGGCCCCGUGGCUGUGAGGUCGUGAGCGCUCACCAUGACGAGCACCAACGCCAGCACGCUUACGGCCAACUUCUCUGGGGCCGUGGACGGCCACGACUCCGGGGGGAACAUCUACAGACCCUUCUCCGUCUUCAGCGUGCUGACUCUCACUUUACUGGCCAUGCUGGUACUGGCCACCUUCGUGUGGAACUUGCUGGUGCUGGUGACCAUCCUCAGGGUGAGGACGUUCCACCGGGUGCCUCACAACCUGGUGGCCUCCAUGGCCAUCUCGGACGUGAUGGUGGCGGCGCUGGUCAUGCCGCUCAGUCUGGUCCACGAGCUGAACGGCAGGUUGUGGAAACUGGGGCGCGUGCUGUGUCAGGUGUGGAUCUCAUUUGACGUUCUCUGCUGCACGGCGAGUAUCUGGAACGUGACAGCCAUCGCCUUGGACCGGUACUGGUCCAUCACCAGACAUCUGGAGUACACACUUAAGACUCGUAAAAAGAUCUCCAAUGUGAUGAUAGCGCUCACUUGGCUUCUGUCCUCCAUCAUCUCCCUGUCGCCUCUUUUCGGCUGGGGGGAGACGUACUCAGAGGGGAUGAAGUGCCAGGUGAGCCAAGAGCCCUCCUACACCAUCUUCUCCACCUUUGGAGCGUUUUACCUCCCACUCUGUGUGGUCCUGUUUGUUUACUGGAAGAUCUACAAAGCAGCCAAGUUUCGGAUCGGUUCCCGCAAGACGAAUAGCAUCACUCCUAUGGCUGAGGUAAAAGACGAAGCGCAGCAGCCUCAGAUGGUGUUCACCGUACGCCACGCGACUGUGACCUUCCAGACGGACGGGGACACGUGGCGUGAGCAGAAAGAGAAGAAGGCGGCGCUCAUGGUCGGCAUUUUGAUCGGCGUCUUUGUACUUUGUUGGAUCCCUUUCUUCAUCACCGAGCUGAUCGUGCCGCUGUGCUCCUGUGACAUCCCACCGAUCUGGAAGAGCAUCUUCCUGUGGCUGGGUUACUCCAACUCCUUCUUCAACCCACUCAUAUACACCGCCUUUAAUAAGAACUACAACAACGCCUUGAGGAACCUUUUCUCCCGGCAGCGGUGAGAGCGACUCCACACGCUUGGAACACACCAGCUUUGUUUCUCAGACUUGUCUUCAAGAGAAGUGAUUUCCCUGUUAUGUUUAUGUUUUCCUUUCAAAAGAAACCUCCCAGCUGGGCUGAGAUGGAGGUCUAAGCUGGAAGGGCAGGAAUAAAUAUAUCAUUUUCAGGCAGCACAUAUGAAACAUCUUAAUAACAUUCAAGACUGUUGGGAGAACUUUAAAAAAAAAAGUUAAAAAAAACUCGUAAAUUUAUAAAAAUGAGCAUUGUAGAUAACAUUUACAGAAAAAUGAAAUCCGUUUCCUAGAAAAAAACCAGCUGUAAUCUCACCGAGGAAGCCAUAAUUUGUUCAGAGACCAAUAUUUGUAUCUGUACUCAUAAACUGUUGUCACUUUAAAUCUACUCAAACAACUCUGUAGAUAAAGACGAAUGCUGUUCCGUGAUGCUGAGUAAAUAUAUGUACCCACAUGUGUCCAUGCACACUCUGAAAAGAGCAAAGGAAAUCCUUUUUUCUUAUCUGUGAAUGCAUUUCUUUGUGGAAAAUAGGCAGAACUAUCAGAGGACAUAAUAUGUUCAAGCUUCUUAAAAAAAAUAAUGUCACUUGUUGGGGCCAGCGCCAGGUUUCAUAAUUUCAUAAAAACAAUCUGCACAAACAAUGAAACAAAUGGGCCUCCACUCCCAGCAGUGUAAUAAAAUUCUGACCGUUUCUUUCCCACAUCCUCCAAACAAUAAACCACAAAGAAAACAGACUUCUCUGCUCAACCUCACACAAAUUGCACUGAGUGUCGGCAAAGGAAUAAAAGAUCAAACAGAUGGAAAAAUUCUAUAAGAAUUGGGAUCUUUGGGAAAACGUGUUUUCAUUGUAUUGACAAUGUAAAGUGCUAAAAUCAUGCAUGUUUGUAAAA